UUCUUAUUCUAUGGUUUUUUAUUUUAUUUGUUGUUAUAUUUAUCCCUUGUGAUUGUGGUACUGCUCGUCGAUGAAAGCAAAUUGUAGUCUACUGAAUAAACCAUACCUUUGCUCACUUUUCUGCUUCUUUUCUUCUUUUUGUAAUGGAACUUUAUUUGUGUUGACAGGGGUAGUUGCUUGUUUAUCUUGGCUGUUGUCAUAAUUUUUUUAAGCUAUUGAUAAUUUAAAUGCUGAGCCAUAAAUUUGUUAUGCGCACUACUUUUAUAAAGUUUAUACUAAGUUGAAGGGAUAAGUUAGCUUGGGCAUCUUGAAAGGAAGGGCACUUGGACUGUUCUUUACAGAUAUACUUGGCUGGAAAUGUUGGCUAGUUGAACAUUAUUCUUUCCUCACAAGCUUCCUUUUUACUCAUCCAUAGAUCAUAUGGAAAUAAUAUGUGAUUAGAACAAUGGACAACUAUGAGAAUGAGCAUCAUGUACAAACUGGCCGGGGUUCUGUGUCUGUAAUAGUCUGUGGAGACCAAGAUAAGCCGCCACUUAUUACUUAUCCUGAUUUGGCUCUAAAUCAUAUGUCAUGUUUUCAAGGAUUAUUCUUUUUCCCAGAAGCAGCUUCGUUGCUACUUCAUAACUUUUGCAUCUACCAUAUCAGCCCUCCUGGACAUGAGUUAGGAGCUGGUGAGAUUUGUGAGGAUGAUCCUUCACCCUCUGCCGAUGAUUUAGCAGAUCAAAUCCUUGAGGUUCUCAACUUUUUUGGACUCGGUGCAGUUAUGUGCAUGGGGGUGACAGCUGGCGCUUACAUUCUUAGUCUUUUUGCUUUGAAGUAUAGAGAGCGAGUUCUUGGUUUAAUUCUUAUAUCCCCCUUAUGCAAGUCGCCCUCUUGGUCCGAGUGGUUCUAUAAUAAGGUAAUGUCGAACUUGUUGUACUUCUAUGGCAUGUGCGGUUUGUUGAAAGAGUGCUUGCUUCAGCGGUAUUUCAGCAAGGAGGUCCGUGGUAGUGCCGAAGUUGCAGAGUCUGAUAUAGUUCAAGCAUGUAGAAAAUUACUAGAUGAGAGACAGAGCAACAAUGUUUUGAGGUUCCUCCAAGCAAUUAAUAGAAGACCAGACAUUACCGAAGGGUUAAAAAGGCUCCGGUGUCGUACUCUCAUUUUCGUCGGGGAUAGCUCGCCUUUCCAUUCUGAAGCACUCCAUAUGAUAUCAAAAUUGGAUAGAAGAUAUAGUGCCUUGGUUGAGGUCCAAGCUUGUGGAUCGAUGGUAACCGAAGAGCAGCCACACGCAAUGUUGAUACCGAUGGAGUACUUCUUCAUGGGGUACGGAUUAUAUAGGCCAUGCCAGUUCAGUGAUAGUCCACGGAGUCCACUAAGUCCAUCUUGUAUCUCUCCAGAGCUUCUUUCUCCAGAAAGCAUGGGAUUAAAGCUAAAACCAAUAAAAACGCGCAUUUCUUAAACGUCGUAAGGACAUGUAGAAUUGGAAAAGAAGAGAGGAGGCUAUGGUUUGCUUGUGAUUCAAAACUGUCUGUAAGUUUUUUCUUUUCCAGAUUUUUGAUUUGUUGAAAGGGGCGUUUGUGUUGUAGAUAGGGAGAGAGAAAAAAAAAGGGUAUUCACAAUGAUGGGUAAAUAACUAUAGGGAGAUACACAUUCAUUCUUUUGUAGUCAUCAGACAUAAAACAGAUCAUAUUCUUGAACUCUGUGGAUUCGUAUAUUCUUCAAUCUGACCAAAUAUAUUAAAUAUUUAUCCA